CACACAGACACUCGACUCGUUGUGUAGUGGUGGCAGCUGGCGGCGACACUGGCAGGUGGAGGGGCGGAGGGUGUGAAUGGUGUUGAUCGGUGGUGUUGGGGGAUCAUGUCGUGAGCUGGUUGGAUGUGGUAUUGACGGGCUUGUUUGUGAGCUUUUCUCUCCAUGACUGAGGACGUUGCGUACGCUUGGGCCAACAUGGACUACCUCAUUGUGGGCGGCUCACUCGCAGCCUUUUGUACAGCGGGCUGGAUAUUUGUGCGCCACCAGCUGCAGACUGCCCAUCAUGCCGUGAUCCAAGGACUGCUCUUCUCCACCACGUUUGGCCUCAGCUUGUCGCUGCUGGAGCUCUUGAUCUUUGAAAUCCUUGAUGUGCUAGAGGCCCACUUCCGUCACCAUGCGUGGUAUCUGACCCUGCAAGCCAUUGUGGUCUUGCUGGUCGUGGCACUGCCCCUCAACUUCUUCCACGAGCUUGUCUGGCUCAACAGCAACAACUGGCGCCUUGGAUUGCUCAAACUGACAGCGCUCUGGGCCACAUUCCUCCUCUGCUUCGCGCGCAUCACUCAGAUCCACUCCUUCUUUGACUUUAUGACUCUUGAGGGAGCCGUCGCUCGGGUUGGCGUCAUUGGCGUCACAACCAUUGCAAUCCUCUCCGGCUGGGGUGCCGUGCACACUCCCUACAAGUUUUUGCAUCUCUUUUUGGAAAGCGUGGACGAGGGCGAGCUGCGACAGCUCAAACAGCAGCGAGAAGCCCUCACGGACAAACUCCGUCAGAAACGCCGACAGUUGUCCGAACUCGUACCGGCACGCCAGCAGGCGUCUUCGACUGGCUUCUGGUCCAUGUUUAGCAACAGCCUCAGCAGUGAAGGCCGGGCGGCGGCGGCGUUGGAGCAAGAAACCGUGGCCAUGGAGACCAUGCUAGCGCAGCUGAACAGCAAUGUGCGCGAUUUGGAACAAGCCAAGCAUCGGUGGGAUGAAGCCUUUACCUUCAAGGGGCGAGUUUUGAACAUCAUGGGAUAUGUCCUCUCGGGCUACUGCAUCGUCAAGGUGUUUUUGGCCACCAUCGGCCUCUUGCUGGGUUUGACCAAGAAAACCGAUCCCGUGACGCGAUUGAUGCAAAUUACGGCGGAUUGGCUCCAGCUGGGCGUUGACGUACACUUUUGGUCUCAACAAAUUUCUUUCCUCUUUGUGGGGGUAAUUAUUCUGGCCUCGACUCGCAACUUUAUGUUGAAAAUGAGCUUGGUCGUACAAACGUUGACGAGUGCAGGCGCUAGUGUAUCCGGUGCUCUCAUGACGCUGAUGGCUGAAAUUAUGGGCAUGUACUUUGUGGCCAUGAUUAUUCUGAUGCGCAUGAACAUGCCACCACAAUACCGCACGAUCAUCACGGAUGUUCUCGGUGGGUUGCAAUUCAACUUUUUUCACCAGUGGUUUGACCGAAUCUUCUUGUUGAGUGCGCUUCUGGCCUUGGGUGGAAUUUACGUAUCGCGGAAGGCAGCCGCCAGCUCGACUUGGUCAUCCCUAGUCUAAAAAGGAAUGUGAUGGAAGCCUGAAUGGACGCUGUGGCCCGGAGCACCAAACGCAAGUUGACUUGAAUUGAACCAGAAGGGAG